AUACCUAAGGUUCAGAUAAAAGAAAUGAAGUGGCUGACUUAUAGAACGGAUCUCUUGUUGAAAACGCUGCUAUUGCUGUGCCUUAAAGGCCUUGAGGCACAGAACAAAUUCGAUCUUCGUAAUCCAAUAGUGAAGGCCAUAGUACUCAAUAGCAAGGCAGCCAGUAUAAAGGCAUGGAUGGAUGCUAAAAUUAAUCCCUGCGAUAAUUUUUUCGAAUACUCUUGCAAUAAUUGGUUGAGAAUAAAUUCUGCGGCGACCCUUGAACUCUAUAACACCAACAAUUUCGAGGAGAUGAGCAAUGCCCUAUUGUUUAAAAUCAAAAAUCUUUUGAAUCAGAAGGAAAGUGAGCAAGAUCACCAGAAUGAGCAUAUGCAUAAGGUGCGUGCAUUCUAUAGAUCUUGUCUCAGCACUAAGGACAACAGGGAGGCUUAUGUUAAAGCCUUAAAAUUGAUGUACAGACAAUACGGAGAGUUCUCCUUUGUGGAGAGAUCUCGAAAGUGGCAUCUGCUGCGCAAUAAAUUCGAUUGGUGGUCUGUUAUGGCACGCCUCAAUUUGAAUUAUGGCAAGUCGGUCAUAUUAUCCUUGGACAUACAAAAUGAUGUUAAAAAUAGCAAUCGCACCAUGCUGUACUUAGGACCGCCUGCGCUGCUUGUGGGUGAGCCCUUUGUAGUGAAGAGAAUCGCCCAACAGAUGACAGCCAUAUUCGAGUUGCCUGCCGCAGAGGCCCUUGAGGAUACCUUGCGUAUUCUUAACUUUGAGGCGGAGUUAAGUGAGGGCGGUUCCAGCAACCUUUCCGUCGAAACUCUGGAGGAACUAUUGAGCCGCUACCCAAUGCCGGAGGUAGCCAAAAAAUAUGCCAACUAUUUUGAUAUGGAAAAAUUUUUAAAACUGGCCUUAAAUACCAGCCGAUUGCCUGAGGAAAUUUAUCUUUAUGAUGAAGCCUAUUUGAAGAACUUGGCAAAGGUUUUGAAAAAUGCAGCGCCUCAUACCAUAGAGGAUUACAUACUGUGGGUUUUGCUCGAUGACUAUCUGGUGGAUUUCAACACCCAGAACUGGCAGGAGUUUUGUGGGGAAAAAACCAAAACCUACUUUGGAAAAUUUCUAAACCAUGAAGUCUAUAAGUCUUUUCGAAAUCCCGAAUAUGAGCAAGAUUUAAAAGAGUUGUGGCAAGAGAUCAAACAGGCCUUUAUGAGAGCCCUAAAUGACACCAACUACGAUGACUGGAUGUCACCGCAGGUGAAACAGGCCGCCCUUAAGAAAUUGAGGAAAAUCAGGCUAGUGCUUAACACAUAUGACGAGGAAAAUUUUGAUUUAUUUUUUAAAGAUCUACACAUUGAUCCGCAAAACUAUGUGGCCAACAUUGAGAGGAUUCUAUUGAAGCUGGAAUCGCUGAGAACGGAUAAAAUGGCUAAGCAAACAGCCAGCCUAGAUGCCACGCAAGAGAUGUCCUUCACCCCCAUAUAUGAACACUUUGAGAAUACCAUUAAUAUACCAGUGGCCCUAUUGCAGCCCUUUCGCCUUUGGUCACCCGUCUAUCCCAAGGCCACGAAAUAUGCCACCAUAGGUUUUCUGCUGGCCCACGAAAUGAUACAUGGCUUCGAUGAUAUGGGCCGCCAUUAUGAUGGCCAAGGUCAGCUCAGCGAUUGGUGGGACAAGGACAGUUCGAGGGAAUUUGAGCGAAGGCGUCAGUGUUUCCAGCAACAAUAUAAUCGCUAUAUAUAUGGAUCAGAUGUGGAGGAUAUGGAGGCAUCCCAAGCGGAAAAUAUUGCCGACAAUGGAGCCAUACAAUUGGCAUUUGCUGCCUAUUACCAUUGGCGGACCACUGAAAAUGCUUCAAUGCCUCAGAAUGGUGAUGCUAAAAACACAGAGGUUUUCUCUAAAUUGCCCUACAAUGAGUGGCAAUUGUUCUUCAUCAGCUUUGCCCAACUAUGGUGCAGCGAUGUUCAUCCAAAAUUCAAGGAUCUCCAAGGAACCCAUGCUCCAAGUAAAUAUCGAGUAAUAGGCUCGUUAUCAAACUUUGAGGGAUUUUCGCAAGUAUUUCAAUGUCCCAGUGGCAGCGAAAUGAAUCCUUCAACGAAAUGUGUUAUUUAUUAAUCAAAAUGGUUAAAAGAUAGCUUGCCAAAGAAAAGAGAACCCUCAUCAACUUUGCUAGCUAGCCAAUGUACAGAAGAAAAUUUAAAAUUAGAAUAUUGAUAAUGUAUUUAUAAUUAAUUUUUUACAUGCCUAUUAUUACGGUUUGUGGUUAAAUGCAUUGACCACAGAUGCC